UCAGAUCUCCCACAAUGCAAUGCGCAUCUGUCAUGGCUGCUCACUGAUGCCACUUAUACCACAUGUGUGAAAAUAAACAUAAUAUCUCUGACUGAGAAACACCGACUUGUCUCAUAAAGAACGCGAUUCCUCUCCGGCUGUGAUACCAGACCGUUGAGACUAAAGGCUCCCGCUGUCGCUUCUCUUCGGUCGGCUACAGAGGGCUCAGUGAUGCCGCUGGACGUGGAGCUCCCCGUGCUGCGAGGCUUCCUGACACCCAGCGAGGCAGCGGAAUGGAAGCAGAAUAUUUUCAGUACUGCAGAGGCGGGCCCUCUGCUGCAGUCGUUGAUGGAGGGGGACUUGGAGGCGGUCCUGCUGAGCCCCCAGGUGUUAGAUCUGCUCCGUGGAGAUGGCAGCUGCAACGAGGGGGACAACACCGAGGCCUACCUGGAGAAACAGGUCCUGCAGUACCUUAUCGCUGGCACCAACGAUGAACAGGCAAACAGGCAGCUGGCAGUGAUGGCUCUGGCAGUUUCCUGCCUCCACCUGUUUGCUCAGAGUAACUGGACCGGUCCUCCCGUCUCCAUCAAUAUGUCCGACCUGCUACCACCGGCCCUGCUCUCCUCUGAGCCGCAGACCCUGGUUGAUGCGAUCCACUCCAGCCUGCUGAUAGACGGGGAGUCUGUGUACAGCCUGGUGGCCAACCCCCUUCUCCUCCUGCUGGCCAGGGUCAUUCUCACCAAGUGCUCCUCAGAGAUGGACAGCCUCCAGCUGCUGCCCUGGUGGACCCUGCGCUACAUCCGCCUGCACCAGCAGAUCCUGGAGGCCUGCUCUCCUCAGCUCCUGGACCUGGCCCAGAGCAGCAUGGACAGAGUGAUGAAGAGCCUGUCUCUGUGCCCGGAGCAGAGGAACCUAGCUAUCCAUUUCCACCUGGAGAGUGUCUACAUUAAUCUGACCUACUAUAACUACAAGAGCGCCAAGGACCACAUCAAGAAGGCCCAGGAGCUCUCAGGGCUGAAUAUCAACAUGACGGGCGCUCUUGGCAAACGAACCCACUUCCAGCAAAAGUAUUUGGCUCAGCUCAUCCUGGAGGUGAAGAGAAAGCAGGACCAGAUGGAUGAUGAGGCCAGUCCCACCCCCACACCUCAGGCCAGCCUGCCCAAGGACUACCUUCUGGGUGAUGAAACCGUGCUGGAUAAGAUCAAUCUAGAGGAGCCGGAUCAGUACGAGCUCCCUGACCUGAGUGCUGAGGAGCAGGCUGUCCUGCUGGGGGUCUGCACUGACUUCCAGAAGAACAACCCCGUUCACAAACUGACAGCAGAGGAACUCCUGGCCUUCACAUCUUGUAUUCUCUCUCAGCCCAAGUUCUGGGCUGUAGAGGUGACCGCUCUCUGCCUCCGGACCAAACUGGAGAGAGGCCGCUCCCGCUGUGUGGAGAGAGCCAUGAUGCAAACCCAGGCGAUAGCAGACCACUUUGAAGACCGAAGUUGUCCUGGGACUGAGCGACUGAAGGCCUUCUACUUCUGCCAAGCCCCCCCCAGAUGGGUUGUCCAGAAACAGCUGGGCAGCCUGCUCACAGACCUCGGCUGCACCAGCUCUGCUCUGAUCAUCUACCAAACACUGGAGCUCUGGGAGGACGUAGUCAUCUGCUACGAGAGGCUGGGCCAACAUGGAAAGGCUGAAGAGAUUGUUCGCCGUGAGUUGGAGAAGAAGGAGACGCCCAGCCUGUACUGCCUGCUGGGAGACAUCCUGAGGGACCACCAGUACUACGACCGUGCGUGGGAGCUGUCCGCUCACCGCAGUGCCAGAGCCAUGCGCUCCAAAGCCCUGCUGCACCUGCGCACCAAAGACUUCCAGCAGUGUGUGGACUGCUUCGAAAAGUCUGUCAAGAUCAACCCCAUGCAGCUCGGUGUGUGGUUUUCUCUGGGCUGUGCUUACAUAGCCCUGCAGGGUUAUGAGGGAGCUGCCAAGGCAUUCAAGAGGUGUGUGACACUGGAGCCAGAUAAUCCAGAAGCAUGGAACAACCUCUCUACAGCCUACAUUCGCCUCCAGAUGAAAGAAAAAGCCUUCCGCACCCUGAAGGAAGCUCUGAAGUGUAACUUCGAGCAAUGGCAGAUCUGGGAGAAUUUCAUCAUGGUGAGCACUGACAUCGGGGAGUUUUGUGAAACUAUCAACGCCUACCACCGCCUUAUGGACCUCCGGGAAAACUACAAGGACAUCGAGAUUCUGCAGAUCAUGGUUCGAGCAGUGGUUGAGAACCUGACGGACUAUGAGGGGGAGCAGGCAGAAACUCUCCGGUCCAAACUGAAGGAGCUCCUGGGCCGGGUCAGCGCCCGCCACAGCAGUGACAGUGAUGUGUGGCAGCAAUACGCUGUGCUGUACGGAGAUGGACACAGCUCCAACCAAGAGGACAACGAAAAGGCUCUGCAGUUCAUGUCCAAAGCCUUCCGCUGCAAGGUUCAAGCUGGUGGCUGGGAGAAAGAACCGGGUCUGUUCAAAGAGGUGAUCCAAAGAGCCAUCCAUAUGGGUGAAGUGACCAUUAGUUGCAGUCAGAAGAAGAGUAAUCCAGCAGAAGUUGGAUUACAAUAUCUCCAGAUAUUGUCCUCCACCCGCCUCAGCCUCAAGAGUCUGGCUACCAAAGCUAAGCAAAUGCACACAGAUGUGGCCACAGGUCAGCUCCACAGGGAUCUGCUGGACGGGGUUGCUGCUCUGGAGCAAGUCCUCACAGAGCUGCAGGAGCUGAGCGCCACGCUGCGGGGACAAUCAUAGUGACGCUGCGGGGCCAUUACAGUGACUGUGUGGCCCUGAAGGCUCCACAGUAGUAAAGACUGCUCAGAGAGCGACAGAACCUGCAGUCGUCAGCCCAGUGCAGUGUCAAGAGUCCUGAGAAUAACAAGAGAUACAAUUACAGAUGGAAAGCCUGGCUUAAUCCUUUUUCUGUUUCUUUUUUACUCUAUAUCCACAUUAAAAUGUAAGCCAUGACUGUAAGACAUCAAAUAGUAAAAUGUUAUACAUUUUGAAA